UGUGCCCGCCCCCUUCUUAAUCAAUGGGAAAGCAGAUUCGGCAUCCACUAGAAAAGAGAGAAUCCACUUCAGAGAACCACUCCUCCACUAGGUAGUGUGUGGAAUAACCAAGAACAUUGAUUCAAUUUUUUAUGGUAACAGGUUGAGCUUAGCAUUGAUCUGCAUUGAGAUGGAACAGUAAAUGUACGCAGACAAAUCAGGUGACUUGUUAGUUUCUCCUUGGCCCUCCAUGUUUGAAGUGAAUUCAUAAAAGGAAAUGAUCCAAGAAGAGAGAGCGACGUGCAUUAAAAUCUCCACCCAGAAAGUGAUACCGGUAGUUCAAACACUUGAAGGAUCUGUCCCUAUGAGCGUAUAGCCCUUGAAUUGCUUAAUAGGCUUUUCUCUAGUCCUUUCUUCUAACAUUAUUGAGAAGUCCUUGAAUUGCUUAAUAGGCUUUUCUCUGGUCCUUUCUUCUAACAUUAUUGAGAAGUUAUUGAAGUAGGAAAAUAAAGACAAUCUUCGUGUUCGUCUAACGUCAUCAUUAUUGGAUACUCAACUAAUUUCUUUUUGAACUACUUGAUGUCUUGGCUCCAAGAUUAAAGCUCUUAUUUGUGUGGUCUUCAUAGAUUUAACAGUAUCUUUUGCAUUAAGGGUAAACGAAAGCGACAUCGUUUAUAUCAGUCUCAGCAACCUGUGAGGUGGAGAAAUAAAACUGUUGUAGAGGCAAAUGAAGAUCUGUGAAGUAUUGGUUUUGCUCCUUGUCAAGCAAUGGUGGCUUUAACAUCCUACAGUGCUAUCUUCAUUGUCUUGUGUGCUUUUGCUUCGGCUUCUCCGACUGCAAAUGAGACGCAUCCACGUCUCUUCAGUAAGAUCUAUGCCUUCGGAGAUUCAUUCACAGACACGGGCAACACAAGGUCUGUAUCAGGGCCAACAGUAUUCGGCCAUGUCUCUAAUUCUCCUUAUGGCAGUACGUUCUUUCACCACUCGACCAACCGAUAUUCGGAUGGACGACUGGUGAUUGACUUCGUAGCCCAGACAUUGUCCUUGCCUUUCUUGACACCUUACAGAUAUUUGAAGGGCAAUGAGUCCUUUCAUGGGGUGAACUUUGCUGUUGCAGGAUCCACAGCUAUAAACCAUGAUUUCUUUGUUAGAAACAACCUUAGCCUUAACAUUACUCCUCAGUCUAUCCAAACUCAGCUACUUUGGUUCAACAAGUUCUUGGAGACUCAAGGACAUAGAGGGGCAGCUGCUUUUGAUGAUGCUUUGUUUUGGGUUGGUGAAAUUGGAGUCAACGAUUAUGCUUAUAACACCGGAUCGCCUAUACCAGAUGAUACCAUCCGUAAGCUCGGUGUUGCCAGCGUUACUGGAGUCUUACAGUCUCUGCUGAAGAAGGGUGCAAAAUACAUGGUUGUUCAAGGUUUACCACCAAGUGGAUGCCUGCCAUUAGCAAUGUCUGUAGCCCCUGUCACCGACAGAGACGAUAUCGGCUGCGUGAGGAGCUCAAACAACCAAACCUACUAUCACAAUCUUGCUCUCAGGGCCUCAUUGCAAUCUUUAAGGAGACAGUUUCCUCAAGCUGUCAUCGUAUAUGCUGAUUACUGGAAUGCGUAUCAAACGGUCAUGAAGAAUCCCGGCAAGUACGGUUUCAGGGAGAGCUUCAAAGCCUGCUGCGGUGUCGGUGGACCGUACAACUUCAACGUGCUUGCUGUCUGUGGAAUGUCUUCAGUCAGUUCCUGCAAAAAGCCAUAUGAAUACAUAAACUGGGAUGGAGUUCACCUCACUGAAGCCAUGUAUAAAGUAGUUCAUGACAUGUUCGUUGAAGGUGGAUUUACCCAGCCUCCUUUCGGUAGCUUGUUCGACAAGAAACGUCAUGAGGGAUAGGACGUUGAGAAUGAGAAUCAGUCUGGUGAUGAUUUUGUUAGCUUUUAACUUUGAGAUCUCUGAACUUUAGCUAUGGAACUAGCAUGAACAGUAAUGGCACAAGGCUUUCUUUCCA